AUGGAGGAGGCCGGACGCAGCCCGCCAGCUGGCAGAAGGGGAGCGCGGCCGGCCAGGGGCUGUCAGAAGGAGCGCGGCCGGCCGCGGGGCCGCCCGCCGGGUUGCCACCCGCGCACCGGAGCGCUCGCACAGGCGCCGAACUUUUCGCAGCCCCGCGGAGGAACGCGGCGCGGGGCCGCGGGGUCACGCGUGGCACUGCGCUACGGCCCGCGCCCGGCCCCGCUCCGCCGCCCGCCCGCUGACAGCCGCCCCACGCGCGGGCCCACCCGACACAAAGGCGCGGCCCCGACCCGCCGCCCCCGCGCUGUCAGCCCGGCCCCGGCCCCGCGGCCGCACGUGGGCGACCCCGCCGAAGUUUGUUCGCCGGGGGCCGUUCCCCGCCGGGGCCGCCCCGACGAACGGACGGCGCGGCCCGAAACUGCCGCCGGCGGGGCGCCGGGGCGUCGGGCGGAACGCGGGGCUCCGGCUGCCGGCGGCGGGGCCGCCCGCCCUGCCCUGCCCUGCCCUGUCCGCGGGGCGGCAGCACGCGGCGGCGGUGCUCGCGGGGAAGGCGGAGGGCGAGCGGCGAGGGGCGGGCCGGGGCGCGGCCGGGCGGCACUCACCCACGCGGCGCUCCUCGACGAGCCCCGCCGCCACCGCGGCCCCACGCAGGCCUCACCCCGCACCGGGCACCAACGGCCGCAACAUGGCGGCGGCGGCGGCGGGCGGGGCCGGGGGCGGGGCCGGGGCGCGGCGGCGCCGCCUCUCCCCCCUCCGCGCCGGGAACUGCCGCCGCCGCCGCCGCUGCCGCCGCCCCCGCACGGCGCGGCCGGGAGGACGGGGCGGGACGAGCGCGAGGGGUCCGCGGGGAACGCCGGGGGUUCCCGAAGCCCGAGCGGGCCGCGCCUCAAGGAUGGCCUGAAGGAGGGCCUGCCCGCCGCUCUGCGUGCUGCUGCGCUGCUGCCGGCCGGCCCGCGAACGCUGCUCCCUCGCUGCUUUACUUCAGGCACCGAGGCGCGGCGGAUCCCGGGGCGGAUGGGACCUGCAAGGCAGUGGUUUGCUUGUAUCCAUACCUUGGAGAAAGGCCAUUCUGUGACUCUAUGAUAUGAAUACGUGGGAUGGUCGCAGCUGGAGGGCUGUGCUCAGUGGCUCCAUGACCAGGCGGAGGUUGGUGAUGAGCGGUGUGCCCCAGGGGUCCAUCUCAGGAUUGGCACUCUUCAACAUCUUCAUCAACAACACAGAUGAUGGCAUUGAGUGCACCCUCAUCAGUUUGCUGAUGGCACUGAGCCGAGUGCUGCAGUGGAUCCAACAGGAGGAAGGGACGCCAUCCAGAGGGACCUGGGCGGGCUCACAGAGGGGGACCACGUGAACCCAAUGAGGUUCAACAAAGCCAAACACAGGGUGCUGCACUUGGGUUGGAGCAAUCCUGGGCAUGAGUACAGAUGUGAGAAGAACUCCUGGAAAGCAGCACUGCGGAGAAGGACUUGUUGGUUCUGACAGCACGUCUGGCAGCACUACGCCAUGACCCAGCUGUGGGCAUCCCUGUCUCCACUUCUUGAGGUGCCUCGCAUCUCUUUAACUUUUUUGUGCAAAAAAAACUGCUCAGAAGGCCCACUGCUAAUUAAUUCUUCUUAAUUCUCUUUCAACUAUCAUAUCCCACAGCACCAUUUAUAUCAUUUUAUUUAUGACUCUGUUAGAUUAGAGGACCUGGACUUCCCAUCUUCAUGCUUUCUUUUCACACAUGUAAGUAAGGUGUUAGAUUUAUUCCCCUGGAGCUUCUGUAGGAUUCCUUGACUACUGAUGCUAAUUGCUCAGUGACUUUCUUAACUAUAAAACACUUGGGUACACACUAUUAAUUCCUGCAGAUAAAAAAUAAAAAGAAGUUGAUUGUA